CUGUCAUCUGCUUCCGGGUCGCGGGGCGGCCGGGGCGGCGUCGGCGGGGGCGGGCCCGACGGGGCGGAGGAGCCUGUGGGAGCGCCGCCCCGGCCGUGUGCUCGCUGGUGUUUUUGGAGCUCAGGCUGCGGGAGAUGUCGGGCCUCGCGUCAAGGUUUAGCUCAUUCAAAAGGACUAAUGUCAUCCUGCAACAUCUGAGGCUGUCCGCCCACACGGAUGCAGCGGGAGAGGUGCUGCUGGAGAGGAGGGGCUGCGCAGGGGUGAUCACCCUGAACAGACCCAAGGCCCUCAACGCACUGAACCUGAGCAUGAUCCGGCAGAUCUACCCACAGCUAAAGAAAUGGGAACAAGAUCCCGAAACCUUCCUGAUCAUCAUAAAGGGCGCCGGGGAGAAGGCCUUCUGUGCUGGGGGAGACAUCAGAGAAGUUGUAAAGGGAGACCGGAAGAUAAGUCAGGAUUUCUUCAGAGAAGAAUAUGUGCUAAACAAUGCCAUUGAUUCUUGCCAGAAACCGUAUGUUGCCUUUAUUCAUGGAAUUACAAUGGGUGGAGGAGUCGGACUCUCCGUUCAUGGGCUAUUCCGAGUGGCUACUGAAAAGUCUCUUUUUGCAAUGCCAGAAACUGCAAUAGGACUAUUCCCUGAUGUGGGCGGAGGCUAUUUCUUGCCAAGACUUCAAGGAAGACUGGGUUACUUCCUUGCGUUAACAGGAUUCAGGCUGAAAGGAAGAGAUGUGUACAGAGCAGGAAUUGCUACACACUUUGUAGAUUCUGAAAAGUUGAGCCUGUUAGAAGAAGAUUUAUUAUCCCUGAAAUCUCCUUCCAAAGAAAAGAUUGCAGAUGUCUUGGAAACGUAUCAUGCAAAGUCCAAGGCUGAUGAGGGCAAGGCGUUCGCCCUGGAGGAGCACCUGGGCAGGAUAAACAGCUGCUUCUCCGCCAACACCGUGGAGCAGAUUAUUGAAAAUUUACAGCGAGAUGGCUCGCCUUUCGCCCUGGAGCAGCUGAAGAUAAUUAGUAAGAUGUCUCCGACGUCUCUCAAGAUCACCCUGCGGCAGCUCACAGAGGGGUCCUCGCAGAGCCUGAAGGACGUGCUGACCAUGGAGUACCGGCUGAGCCAAGCUUGUGUGGGAGGCCAUGACUUUCCCGAAGGCGUCCGGGCAGGGACUGUGCACAUUUUACUAGUAAGCAUGGUUCAGACCGCCUGCCACAUGUGAGUGCGGCCCUUUCCCUUCAUGGCUUUGUGACAACUUAAGAAACCCCACAGAGCGGCCCUGCCUGUCCCAGCAGUCCCCAAUGGCAGCAUCGGUAGCUGCGCUCUAUCAGCCAGAAGCUGACACCCCCCCUUAAAGGGGCCUUACAGACGCCUUGCGCUCCCCCUCCUGUGGGGUCUGCCUGGCUGCACUCAGUGAGGACACCACUGAGGCUGGAGGGGCUUCUCAUGAUGCCGGUGGCGUCGGCGCUCUGACUCAGGGCUGUGUGAGCGGAGGGCUCAGCAGAAGGCAGGGUCCACGCUGAGUUAUGCAUAAGCCCCUUCCUCUCCCUUCAGUCAUCGUCCCUCACCUCAGCCUUCCUCCCUCCUGCUGUCCUCCCAGUCACCCCAGCGCUGGUCCUAUAACAGGAGGCUUCCUUCACGGCUUUGCCGGAAGACGACGAGGCUUCUAGCCCCGAACCCUGGCUCCGCUCGGAGGCCCGGGCUGGCGGCUGCCACACGGUCCUCAUCGGCACGUGGCCGCCCCUCCGGAAUCUGUGGGGCUUCACUUUUAAGAGGAACAGACACACACACAUUCACGCUUUGCAGAAAGACAUGUGCUGGAAAGCCACGCCUCGUACCAGGCGUGUGUCAUUCGGUAAUUAGAACCGUGACUCAGCAAGGAAUGAACUGA